UAUGGCUGUACUACUACAAAUAGUUUUUAUUGACAUGAAUAUAUUGAGACUCAGAGAACUCCCAUCACUUUCUGAAGUCAAGAUUCCUGUUCAGAUCUCAUUUUAAUACCUUUAGUCUUGACCACAUCACAUGUACCUGGUACAUAGAAUGCCUUCAUUUGAUACGAGUUGAGGGAGUUAAACUCCAUUUGUGGAUGAGGUUCCUUUAGCUAUGGAGAGGGGCAAUCACACUGUGACUGAGUUCAUUCUGGUCGGCUUCACAACAGACCCUGUGAUGAAGUUGGUCCUAUUUGUGGUGUUCCUUAGCGUGUACUCUGUGACCCUGGUGGGGAAUACCACUCUCAUAACAUUGAUCUGCAAUGACUCCCGGCUCCAUACACUCAUGUAUUUUUUCAUUGGCAAUCUGUCAUUCCUGGGUCUCUGGUAUUCCUCUGUCUACACCCCAAAGAUCUUAGCAACUUGCAUCUCUGGGAACAAAAGCAUUUCCUUUGCUGGCUGUGUAGCUCAGUUCUUGUUUGCUGUUGGACUGGGAUAUAGUGAGUGUUACUUAUUGGCCGCCAUGGCUUAUGACCGCUAUGUGGCCAUCUCCAACCCCUUGCUUUAUGCUCUGGUCAUGUCAAAAAGACUGUGCAUCUAUUUAGUCAUAUCUUGCUAUACUGGAGGUUUUGUCAAUGCAAUAAUAAUCACCAGCAACACAUUCACGUUGAAUUUUUGUGGUGACAAUGUCAUUGAUGACUUCUUCUGUGAUGUCCCACCACUGGUGAAGUUGGCAUGUGAUGUGAAAGAGAGCUACCAGGCGGUGCUGUACUUCCUCAUGGCUUCCAAUGUCAUCACCCCCACUGUGCUCAUACUAGCCUCCUACCUCUUCAUCAUUGCUGCCAUCUUGAGGAUCCGGUCCACCCAGGGCCGCCUCAAAGCCUUCUCUACCUGCUUUCCCCACUUGAUCUCUGUCACCUUAUUUUAUGGCUCCAUUCUCUACAUCUACUCUCGCCCAAGCUCCAGCUAUUCCCUUGAGAGGGACAAAAUGGUUUCUGCAUUUUAUACUGUGGUCUUCUCCAUGUUGAAUCCCAUGAUCUACAGUCUGAGGAAUAAAGAUGUGAAAGAGGUUCUGAAAAAACUUCUCAGGUUAACACAGCCAGAUGUCUAAAUUGACAUAAAUUUCUCAAAUCAGAGGUAAGUGAUAAUGGAUUGCU